UUACGUUUUGCAUCCGCUUCCCGCGUUUCCGCUUCCGCCACCGCCGCGGCAGUCUCGUUGUGAGUGGAGUGGCGGCGUUUUCGUCCACCUCUCUGCACUAUGUCCGGCGGCCUUUUGAAGGCGCUGCGCAGCGACUCCUACGUGGAGCUGAGCCAGUACCGGGACCAGCACUUCCGGGGUGACAAUGAAGAACAGGAAAAAUUACUGAAGAAGAGCUGUACGUUGUAUGUUGGAAAUCUUUCCUUUUACACAACUGAAGAACAGAUCUAUGAACUCUUCAGCAAAAGUGGUGACAUAAAGAAAAUCAUUAUGGGCCUGGAUAAGAUGAAGAAAACAGCAUGUGGGUUCUGCUUUGUGGAAUACUAUUCAAGAGCAGAUGCGGAAAAUGCCAUGAGGUACAUAAAUGGAACUCGUCUGGAUGACCGGAUCAUUCGCACAGACUGGGACGCAGGCUUUAAAGAGGGCAGGCAGUAUGGCCGUGGGCGAUCUGGGGGCCAGGUACGAGAUGAGUAUCGGCAGGACUAUGACGCUGGGAGAGGAGGCUAUGGAAAACUGGCCCAAAACCACAACAGAGUAUCUCGUAACUUCCACUAGAGUUAUUGAAAGUUGAAGUAUCUCAGUGUGAACAUCUUUCCCAUUACACAAUCCUAUCAUUAGCAGCUGCCCCAAGGAUGAAAUGAGUAAAUUUGUUCCCCACAAGCACUGGGAAACGAAGCUCUAAUGAUCAAUACUAAACAGAGGUUUACUCUAAGCUGCCUCUCUGCAGCCUCCAGACUCUCACUGGUUAUCUCCAUCAUCAAUCUUAAAAUGCUUCUUAAAGACACCCACCCCUAAGAUGAUUCCAUCCCCCUGACAUGCCUGAGUUUUCAUUUUUGUCACAUACUUACCUUUGUAACAGCAGUCUGCCAACCCUGAAGAAAUUCAGGUCUAUUUUUUUCUCUGGCUUCAGUCAGCAAAUACUUUCUUAUAUUCUGGUUAAAAAGAAACCACAACACAGAUGCUGUGUUCCAUCAGUUGGUGAAAAAUGGAACCUGCCCACAGCAGAUAGAAGCAAAGGAGAAAGCUGUGGCCCCACCACUGGGCAAAGUCUGAAUUAGAGUUUAAAGUUUAAAUAAGCUGAACCUUAUUUCUGACCUUUCACUUCACAGUGACUCAGACCUUCUAUACUCUGGUAUGCAUUUAGGCUGUGGACACCCGUAUAUGUUUUAAUUGGAAGUUUUUAUAAGAUGGUCAGCCUUUUCCAGUAGUAAGCCAACUUGCUGAAUGAGAAAUUUAAAUAAAUACUGGCAAGACAAAAAUAAAGUCUUGAUUACUGCCAAUGCUCAAUACAAAGAAGGAACCCAUGGCAGAAAUCAAUAACUGGAACUAAAUGAAAAACAUUCCCCGCCUUAGAUAAUCUGUAUUUUGAGGGCUGUAGGUAAAGGUAUAAUGCAGUUUCUAGAAAGUUAUACUGAAACCCAUUCUGGAUACUAAAUACAGUCAAGUCCACUGUGGAAAUCUCUACCAGGAUGAAGCCUAUCAGAGUUUCAAACUUUCCUUGUGCCUUCUACAUCCAUAGCUCUCUCUGCAUCUAAGGUGAAGUCAGACGUUACAGGACUUAAACUAACCCCUCUGAAGAUGAAAUAUGUUUAUACAUACAACUGUGUGUUUAUGCACACAUACAUGUACACACACGCAUACAUAUUCUACCGCAUCAUUCUGCAACUUGCCUUUUAAAACCCAGUACAUCUUGGAGAUCUUUCCAUGUUAGGACAUGGAAAUCUGUAUUUUUUUUUAACUGCUAUGGUCAGUUUAACAGUAUGAAUAUACUAUAGUGUAUUCAGCUAUUCUGUUGGUAAAGCUAAAUUUAGAUGGUUUUGAUUUUUUUUACUAUCAGUAAUGCUGCAGUGAACAUCCUGGUACUUGCCCUAUCACUGUGCACGUACAUACACAAGCAUUUUUUUGGAGCAGAUACCAAGAAACAGAACUGGUGUGCAACAGGAUAUACUUUUUUUU